CCAAAGGGGCCAGGGCGGCAAGCGUGGCGGUCGCAGCGGUGGUGCUGGUGGCCGCGGUGGCCGCGAGCAGAGGGAGCCCAGGGAACCUAGGGAAGCUGCCGAGUAAAGAGGACGAAUUGGUGGAAAGAAAAGGGAAAGAGAAGAAGAGAAAGGACAGAGAGAAUGAAACUCGUUCUUCCAGUAUCUUCUUUUAAUGAAAGGCCACUACACACAAUCAGGCAGGGGAAAAGAAAAAGGUUCACACACACACAAAAAGGAUCCGAUUUCUCUUACAAUGAGUCCCUUUUGCGCGCGUUUGAUUCAGUCAUCAGCCGUUUUUUACACGAGAAAGCGGGCUUCCCCAUUCUAUUUACUUCUCAACCUGUGCGGACUGGAGUUGUCUCGUCUGUCUGCCGUCUAUACCCUGCUGUUUCGCUACAGCGUUAUGAAGUGCGCGCGCGGUCUCGGUUGUCGGUUAUCGAUUUUGGAGAGGGGAGAGAGAGAAAAGGAAAGCGGGAAGGGUGAGAGAGGGUAAAAAAAAGGAGGGAGGGAAAGAGAGGUAUGGGACGUCUUUGGUUGG